AUGGAUAUCUCUAGGUUUAUUAUGUACAUACAACAGGUAGAGGAAGACAAAAAGAAGCAGGCUAAAAUUGGAGAGAGGCAAAACAAGAAGUUUAGAUUUUCUGAGCAUGAUGGUGGCCAACAAAAGAGUGACUGGGAUGGUGGAAAGUGGUCCAAGAGAAAGUGGGGCAAUUCUGGGUUUUAUGGUAGAUUGCAUCGGGGUUACUGUGAUGAAGGAAAGGAUAAGCGCUUCACCUAUGGUCAUCCAGGGCACAUGAUUAGAAAUUAUCCUAUUGGUAAAGUUGCUUCUGGGGUAAAUAAUGUUCCUGUUGCCUCUUCUUUAGCUCCGACACCAAAGGGUUUACCAUUUAGCUCUGGCACUGGUCAGAUUUGA